UAUUUUAAAGGGUGCCAGUCAGCAGAGAGAUGAGUUCUGAGUAGGUAGGUGAAGAAGCUCAGCAAGUGAAAGUAUUGAGACGUCUAGUUGUGAGGUCUAAGGAAGGUACUACAUUCAUGUAAGAAAAGUUAUCUGCGACAAGAGUCGGACAGGUUUGGGAGCUCCUUCUGGGAUAUGAUCCAGUAGACGGCCUGUUUUGCAAUGCUGAGGCAUUGCCCUAUACCCCGUUUCUCGUCUGGUGCUCGGAGAAAGAUGCCAAAUGUUGCCUUUGGGAAAGAGAAGACUUCGUCCCACGUGGAAAACCAGCCACUUGACAAGGAAAACCCCAAGGACGUUGCCAAGGAACCGUUACCCCCUCAGAAAGUACUCAAGAUAUUUAGCAUCAACAUCAUUGCUCAGGGUUUGCCUUUCUGUCGCAGGCGGGUGAGUAUUAUGAAGAGGAAGUUGGACCAUGGCCCCGAGGUCCGAUCUUUCCCUUCAGGAAAAAAGCCCUGCAAAGGCCCAGAGUAUCCAAGCCCGACAGGGAUCGUCCCAUGUCCGGCCACACCCACCACAUUUGGCCACAUCAGAACAGCCAAUUGUCAGGGGCAGCAGAGACGGCGCAUCACCUCAAUCCAGCCACCCACGGGUCUCCAAGAAUGGCUCCGAACAUUUCAGAGCUGGAGCGGCCCAGAGAAGCUGCUGGCGCUGGAUGAGUUAAUUGACAGCUGUGAGCCCACGCAAGUCAAGCAUAUGAUGCAGGUGAUCGAGCCGCAGUUUCAGCGAGACUUCAUUUCCCUGCUGCCCAAAGAGCUGGCUUUGUACGUGCUGUCAUUCCUGGAACCGAAGGACCUCCUCCAAGCAGCCCAGACAUGUCGCUACUGGCGCAUCCUGGCAGAAGACAACCUGCUGUGGAGGGAGAAAUGCAGGGAGGAAGGCAUCGAUGAGCCUCUGCCCCCCAAGAAGAGGAAACCCGUCAAGCCUGGCUUCACUCACAGCCCCUGGAAGAGUGCCUACAUCAGGCAGCACAGAAUAGACACCAACUGGAGGAGAGGGGACCUCAAAUCACCCAAGGUGCUGAAAGGUCACGACGACCAUGUGAUCACCUGCCUCCAGUUCUGUGGCAACCGCAUCGUCAGCGGCUCUGACGACAACACGCUUAAAGUCUGGUCGGCCAUCACGGGAAAGUGUCUGCGUACGUUGGUGGGCCACACAGGGGGCGUGUGGUCAUCCCAGAUGCGAGACAACAUUAUUAUCAGCGGCUCCACUGAUCGCACACUCAAGGUCUGGAACGCAGAGACAGGAGAAUGUAUCCACACCCUCUAUGGGCAUACCUCAACAGUGCGCUGCAUGCACCUCCAUGAGAAAAGGGUGGUCAGUGGCUCUCGUGACGCCACGCUGCGCGUCUGGGACAUUGAGACAGGUCAGUGUUUACACGUCCUCAUGGGCCACGUGGCGGCGGUGCGAUGUGUCCAGUAUGACGGGCGGCGGGUGGUCAGCGGUGCCUAUGACUUCAUGGUCAAAGUGUGGGACCCCGAGACGGAGACCUGCCUCCACACGCUGCAGGGCCACACCAACAGAGUGUACUCGUUACAGUUCGAUGGGAUCCACGUGGUGAGCGGCUCAUUGGACACGUCUAUAAGGGUCUGGGACGUGGAGACGGGUAACUGCAUCCACACGCUAACGGGGCAUCAGUCCCUCACCAGCGGCAUGGAGCUCAAAGACAACAUCCUGGUCUCAGGCAACGCGGACUCCACUGUCAAGAUCUGGGACAUCAAGACGGGCCAGUGCCUGCAAACACUGCAAGGUCCCCACAAGCACCAGAGCGCCGUGACGUGCCUCCAGUUCAACAAGAACUUUGUCAUCACCAGCUCGGACGAUGGCACAGUUAAACUGUGGGACCUGAAGACGGGCGAGUUCAUCCGAAACCUGGUGACUCUGGAGAGCGGCGGCAGCGGCGGUGUGGUGUGGCGCAUCCGGGCCUCCAACACCAAGCUGGUGUGCGCGGUGGGCAGCCGCAAUGGCACAGAGGAGACCAAGCUGCUGGUGCUGGACUUUGACGUGGACAUGAAGUGAGAAGGGACGUGGUGGGGAAGGACGAAGAGAGCGAACCGCGGAGAGGAAGGAAUAGAGAGGGAAUGGGAGAUGAGGCACCUAGAAACCGGAGGGCCAAAUACCCACAACUCUUCACCCCAAACUCGCAAAAUCUACAACCACCACCACUGACAGUGGGCUGUCCUGUCCUCUACCAUUAUCUUCCCCGUCCCCCUUUGGGCAAAUGUUACUGACAGAGCCACAGACCCUCACACGUGUUCAGCCCCCGCUUUCGACCCCCCUACCACCAGUACGAGGUGGAGUCGGAGGGGAUCGGGCUUGAAACGGGGCGGCGGGGCGCGACCGGUCUGUCCCUCGAUUGGCUGGGAGAAAGAAGAGAGGAAGAAAGGAAUGACUGAUGACGACUGAACUCUUUUGAAGCGACUCAACCCUUUCGGUUUGGGGUCCGCUUCGCACAGAGACUUGGUUUCGCUCAAGCCUGACAGAUUUUGAGAUGUACAGAGAUAUAUUAUUUUUUAAAGACCCCCACACACCCCUCCCCCUCCCAUCAGUGCGCGCCCACACACACACACAUACACUCAAAAACGGCCAACCGGAAAGUGGAAAAACAUUCACUGUAGGAACAGAUUGAGGAAGGUGGGAGACAUUUAAAAGGUAAAUUUCCACACACAGUUGCACCUAAAGAGCUGCUUGUUGUAGAGGAGAGCAAGCGAUUGGAGGGUUCAGCCUGUAAUCAGGCUCGUUUCUUGUCACUCCAUUUCCGUUUCUUAUCGUUCUCCACUCGGUUUCUGUAGUUUUUCUUUACAAUAUCGCACACAAACGCAACUGUGAAUUUCAAUACGUUCUUGGUUUAUCAUACGAAAGGGGUUUCUCUCAUGUUUUUUUCUCUUUCUUCGCGGUUGCCAACAGCAACAAAUCCCAGUAUUAGAAACCUGCUCUGUUUAGGUUUGCUGUCAUUAUGUCACAAGGGUUUUUUUCUUUGUCUUUUUCAUUUGAGUGGUUUGUUCCUCCUUUCUUGUUUUCUACAUACCUGGGUUUGGAGCUCUCUCUCCACAUAAACACCAAUGCUGUCCAGAAUUUUUCAGUCUAGCCGGGGUGGUUUCCUCAAUGCCAGUGCUGUAACGAGAGGAAGUAAAGGUUAUUUGCUCUAAGCGCUGUGGAUGAUGCCCCUGAGCCCCCAGCCCCUUCCCCUCUACUGUUCUCUCCCAGUGGCCAAACUGUAUUUAUGCUGCUAGAUGAAUGGAAAAAAAGAGAGAGAUGGAACUUUUACUUGCUGUGACGUUUUAGUCCCAGGCAAACUUCCAAAUUGAACUCUAUAUGUUUGGACUUAAAGGAACAAAAGAUCACAAAAGAUAACAUCCAACAUUUUUGUUUUAUUUUGUUUGUUUUUUGCCACUGAAACUUGAGCCAAACGUGCCUCUACGAGGCUGAGAGGAGGGAGCGUGUCCGACAGAUACUGACGGGAUCGCCUGCAGAGAGGAAACGAGGGGAUGUACACUGUUGGUGUGCGUGUGUGUGCGUGCAUGAGUGCGUGUGUUAGCGUGUUAAUGGGCAACUUGUAAACACAUUCCUUGGGACAACGCUCUUUCAGCCUGUUCUUCGGGGAAAAGUACAAAUGCUGUGUGGACUGGCAAAGAAAAAAAACUAGCAGAUGUAUCGAUUUUAACGCGUGAAUGAAAGAACUGUCCGUAUCCGUGUGUGAUUGUCGUUCCAUUCAAAGAUGUCUGAAGCAAGAGAGGAGACCAUCACAAGCAUCAACUGACAGGGGCGAGCUGCCAGGAGUCUUAGUGUUACAUGUGUUGCAGUUAAAAUCACCGGGGGCGGCUGCUCUGCGGCGGUCCGCAGCCUCGAGGAUUGUCAGUGGGAAAAAUAAAAACACAAAGGCAACAAACGUGAACAGAAAACAUUGUAGCCAAACGAAAAAUCGUCUCAAUCUCCAAGAGUCACAACUCAAGCUGAACUGUGAAAGUGGUAUAACACUGUAUAUUAAAAAAGAAAAAAAGAAAACAAUCUUGCUCUAUCUCCUCUCGUUGUUUUCUCCCUCUGUUUUAAUUUAUGAUCUGGUUUGAGAAAUCAGAUUUGUUGCAGGUGUUUUAUUUUUUCAGUUCAUGUAAACUGCCUGGCAAAAAAGAAAACAGACAGAAAAAACCUUAAAGGGAUUGUGUAUUUGUUUGAUUCACUUAGAAUUUUAUUUUCUUAUAACUUAAGUGCAAUAAAAUGUGGGUUUUUCUUUUUUCAUUUCAAGCAUAUCGGUUGUCUGUUUUUGUUACCUGUGUGAAGGCAUCUUAUAUGUUCAAUAAAGCAAAUUAUUUGGUUAAUUACA